CAUCAAGGGUGUCGUUUUACGUUUUGGGAAGAGGAAAUUAUUGCCGUUUUGCCACUACAGUGAAAUCUCAUAGCAGCGAAAUUUGUGCCGUUUUUUCUUUUCUUUUCUUUUCUUUCUUUCUAGUUUUAUUUCCUCUCCUUCCGCUGCUUCCUUCGUCAGAAUCGAUGAAUCAGAGAUUAUGAGGAAAUUAGGGUUUUGAUCUGAUCAGAUUAAUUGUGUUGUAGUAGCGAGGAGAGGUCCCUGCUGCGUUACUGGGGGAUUGGAGUUCGUGUUCUUUGAGAGCGGAAGUGAUCGUUGGAGGUUUUGAAGAGAGAGCGAAAUAGAGAUAGCAAUGGAGAUGGAGGAGGACAUGGAGAUUGAACCGAUGGCUUUGGAGGUGAGCGAGGUCGAUCUGGAGUACGAGUUUGAUGCGGCUCGGUGGUACGAUUUCUCGCGGGAGGAGUCGCCGGCGGAGGCUCGGGUCGCCGAGCUCUGGUUCGAGACCGCCCAAACGUACCCGCCUUCUCCUUUUGUAACAAAAUUGUUACUUAGAGAGGAUCUUUCUGAUGACAAGACUGAGCUCUCAACAGAAUCACAAGAUGGAGAAGCUACAGCAGACAUUUGUGAUACAGACGGAGAAGUUAGGCAACUUCCAGAUUAUUUCGCCACAGGUAUGAAUAAGACAGGAAAUGGAAUCCGCUCUGGAGUUUUUACCACCUUUCAAGCUGGAAACUUGAAGAAAGUUCCAAACCAGCCUUUGUAUAAAGGAACAACAUUUAACAAUCACAUACACACCGAUAAACAAAAAUGUCGGCCAAAGUUAAGUAUCAAGCCCAUAGCUAGGAGCUCAACAUUGAUGAAACCUACUGCUAGUCAACUAGCUAAACAAAAUCAUUCCAGACUCCAUAUGCAAGUGGAUCAAAUUAAUGAGAAAGGCUUAUAUGGUUCGUCUGGGUCCGAAAUUCAAGCUGCCAAAAGGCAGAAGCUUGAAGAAGGUCUACUUCGUAAGGUUGGUGAUAUGAAACAGGAGAUAAAUUUUGUCCAUAAGACAUCCAAGAAGAUAACCAGUUGUGGAAGGGUUUGGCAGGAUGCAACUCUUGAUAGGAACAUGCAACAUACAAGGACAAAAAUAACCAUCCCACAAGAACCUGACCUUGCAACGGCGCAUAGGGCUGGCAGGAUACGGCCCAAGAAAGACGUCAAGACUGAACAGACCUCGACAGCUGUAUAUAGAUUCAAAGCACGCCCCUUUAACCGAAAAAUUUUUGAAGCUCCAUCGUUGCCUAUCCGGAAGAAGAGCACUCCAAAACUACCGGAAUUCCAGGAAUUUCACCUGAAGACCUCAGAAAGAGCUAUGCAACAUUCGUCGGCUGUUACGACAACGUCAUAUAGGUGCAAUGAUUCCGAUAAGGGAUCAGAGAAUCCUAAUACAACUUUUGUUCUCGACGGCUUUAACAGGGAAACUAGGAGACCAAACGCGAUGGAUAUAUCUAAGCAUGAUGUCUCCAAUGGAAAUUAUGUUUUCAAAGCUUUCCGUCAUAACAAGAAUGUACUUUCAAGCAGAGGAGACAUCGGAGGUCUCAGAAAUAACAAGAAAGAAACAACUAUACCCUUGGAAACUAAUUAUCAUAUGGAAAAGAGGCUUCAACAGGAUCUGCCAGCUGACCUUUUCAGUAAGCUCUCCAUAACAUCCGAGCUCCAGCCAAACAAUGGAUCUCGCUCAAGGUUUCGUCAACCGACAUCUGGACUAGCCAAGGGCUCAAAGGAAAAUAGACCGAACGUGCAUGAGAUAACAAGCAAGGCUAUGGGGACACCAAUCUCUUCAGCUGGGCUCCAGACACAAUGUGAUAACAGCGAUAUCAUUCCCAGAAUAAGGCAGCAGUGGACUGAUAGGAGGUACUCCAAGAGAGACCACAAAGUCUCGGAAGAAAGCAUAGCAGAUCCUCUCAUAAUUGAGUCCCUUGGUUCAUUUCUUGUGUAAAAAGCUCUAAAAACACAGCAUGAACUGUUCAAUUCAAAUCAAACAAUGAAAAAAGAAAAGAAAAAAAAAGCGACAUGUAAAUCUGAUUA